AUACUUUUUAUUUCCUUUUAUGCAAGCAAAACAAUGUGACUGGCUGCAUGAACGCAUUUCUUCUCCUGCUGAAUCGCAGACAUAUCAAAAUCUAGUGCUUCAUCGUGGACAUACCAGUUUCGCAUUUAUUAUUUUGGUUGUUAUGGAUAAAAACAGUACUCAUUCGGAUAGUUCAUGGCCGCCAAACUUUUGGGGUCAGAUGAUAAUAGCCUUCUCAGUGUCCAUGGUGAUUGGAUUGGUGAUUGGAGGGAUAAUCUGGGCUUUGUUUACUUGCCUGUCCCGUCGCAGAGCCAGUGCGCACAUUUCGCAGUGGAGCUCGUCAAUCUCUAGCCGCCGUUCCAGACCUUCUUCUCAGGGCCAUGCUGCCAACAGGACUGGAUUCUACCGUAACAACAGCUGCGAACGCCGUAGCAAUCUCAGCCUGGCCAGCCUCACCUUCCAGCGGCAAGCCUCCCUGGAGCAAGCCAACUCCUUCCCAAGAAAGUCAAGCUUCCGAGCCUCCACUUUCCACCCCUUUUUGCAAUGCCCUCCGCUCCCUGUGGAAACUAACAGUCAGCUGGUUACUCUGGCUCCCACCAGCACCACCACUACCCUUGUGGGGAACCCCACCAACAGCUUAACUCGUCCUGAAUUCCACUGGUCCAACAACAGCCUCCGCAUCUGUCAUUCAACACAAACACCUCCUCCUGCCUAUGAGACCAUCAUUAAAGCUUUUCCAGACUCUUGAACUGGAGUCUUCCUUUAUUUCUUUAAAUGGAGGACUCUCUGUCGUCUGACGCAGAUUUUCUGUAUGCUCUGAAGGCCUCUGGGAAGCUCCCUGGUGCCGCGGCAUGCCGCAGGCAAACAGAAGGGACAUGCGCAGAUGACGCUGAUUUGCUAGGGCAAGGUGUGGUAUCCUGCAGCCACAAGGACCUUGCACCCCCCAACUUAACUGGUCUGCAGUGUAAUUCUGUAUUUAUAUUAUACCUUUAAUUUGUAAUCAUUGUAAGGCUUUUAGUUUAGAAGAAAGAAACUUCUGCAGUCUACAAAACUGGCAACUUAAAUGAAGAAACGAGCCACAUUAAGAACCAUUUGUUGAUAAUCGCUUAUUAAUUUCCUGCAAAGUUCACUCAUUCAUUGUGUUUGUUAGACAUCCUGGUUUUGUACAUUUGUCUGUGAGUCUUACAUUUUCAUUAGAUACUUUCCUUCAUCUCUUACAUCCUGGGCUGCUUCUAUGCCUCCUGAACCACAGGGUUCCCUAUAGCUCAGGAAUCCCUUGGCAGAAGUAGAGUUUAAAGUGAUUUUAGUAUCACAGUCUUGUGGCAGGUACUAGGGCCCCUGUUUUGACAUUUGUAGGGGGCUCCAAAUGACCACUGGCCAGUCCUGUUUACAACAAAUUCCCACAAAUAUGGCAACAAAGAUGGAGUAUCCCAAAAUAUGUGCAAUGGGAGAAAUUUCUAACCAACUGAAAAAAGAAUAACUCUAUAAAAGGACUUCAUCCUGCAACCUAACAGGGAUCACAUUUUAUUACCCUAUAAGGUUACAAGGAUACUGGUCUUGGUCCCCAAGAUAAACAACAUGAAUGGCAACUGUUUUUUAUUUGCGCUUCCUGUUUCUCUGUGGGAAUACUCAUUUCCUUUCUUUAAAUUGUUUCUCUAUUUGUAUCAGUGGUUCAUCCUUCCUGGUGUGUAAUACAGUGAAAUCCUGCAUUUUGCUAAAAGAAAAUUUCUUAGACGUCUAGGGUGAAAUCCUGGCCUGACCAAAUUCAAUGUCACAACUCCCAUUGACUCCAGGAUUUCAACCCUUUAGUCUAUAAUUAUGAAACUGCUUUAGAGUAUGAAGAUGCUUAAGACAGAUUAAUGCCCAUUUUUGACUAUCAGACCUGUAGAGCUAUUAUAACAUACUGGCCCACUGGCUCAGAGAUGACUGAUUGCACUCACAUGUGAGAAGUCCAGGCUUGGAAGCAACGGAGAUAGCACAGACACAUGGAGCCUGAUCCAACUCCCAUUGACUGCAAUGGGAGCUGGAUCAUUUCUAAGGUGGAGCAUUUGAACACAGAGAAGGGCAUUUCGGUUUAGAAAGUACCACCUGCUGUGCAGGGCCGGAUUAACGCUCCUGUGGGCUAUUAGAUUUUGUGGGGCCCCUCCCCUGUAUAGAAGUCUUUUUCCUGGGAAGGAGUUUGGUGAAGGAGGGGGGCUUGGGCAGCGGAUUGGGGUGCCAGAGGAGGUGUGGGGUCUGAGAGGGAGUUUGGGUGCAGGAGGGGGAUUCUGAUC